AUGUCGAUGGAAAAGAAAAAACGCUUUCGAGCCGGUAAUUUCUCUACUGAAGAGGUUCGUUUGUUAAUUCGUUUGGCAUUUGAAGAAAAUCACGUGUUGGAAAACAAACAAACGGACUCUGAAGUUCGGAAACUCAAGAGUGAAACGUGGGAAAGAAUUGCAGAGGUUUUCAAUGCAUCUUCAGGACAAACAUUCAGAUCAGUUGACACUUUGAGACUGAAGUAUGAAUCUGUGAAAAAAGAUCUCAAGAAAAAAGUGAACAAAAAUGAGGCUGAGACAAUGAAAACUGGGGGAGGAAACCCCAAUUAUAUUGUUAUUGAUGGACCAGAGAAGGAAUUACUGGAAGUUCUCAGUCUUUCAGUACAUGGUUUGGCUUCAAUUUCAGACUCUGACACAAUGACUGGUGAAAAAGAGAAGGAGGUGUUUGAAGAAAUACCAGUAUCAGAAAUAACUGAUCAGGAAAUUGAAUUCUAUGAUAAUGUGGAGCCUGUGGUCAUUGAUAUAGUUGAGAUGAAUAAUUAUCCUGGAACCUCAGAAGACGAGAAUAUUAAUUCCAACACUGAUGACGUCUACCAGAAAAUGUGGAUAAAGUUGAAAUUGUUAAUAGUGUUACAAAAAGAAUAG